AUGUUGUCAUUAUGUGGCGUUCAUAAAGACGCUUACAGAAAUAACAGCAUUGUUUGAGUCCAGCCCCACGCAAUUUUCAACUUAGAAGGGCUGCCAUGCCGUUCGAAAUAGAGCCCAAGAAGCCAGGUGCCUGGCACAGAUGUCAUACAGCAUAGGCAAAUAGGUUGAAAAGAAGAGGAGGAGGGCCAUUGUCCCCCAAAGUGCUGGACCCGUGCACCAUCCGCUGAGGGCGAUGGCGUAUCGUCGGGAGGCACGGCCAGACGACGGUUUGCGGGAGGAGUUGCGGGAUUGCCAGCUGCAACUGGUAUCCGUGCAGCGCAACUAUGAUGGGCUCAGUCGGCUCAUGCAGAGCAAGCAGCAGGAGGUGGAGCAGGCCCAGGCGGCGCUGGCCGCGGAGCAGGCGGCGGUGAGGAGCAUAGCCACUGCGCUGGAGGACAGCCGGGCAGGGGCUGCCGCGCUGGAGAGGCAGCUGGCGGAACUGAGGCCGCUGACGGGGCAGCUGGCGGAGCUGCAGACAACCCAUGAAACGACCAAGUCGCAGCUGGGCUCGGCUACAGCGCUCAACGCGGCGCUGCAGGAGACCAUUAGGGGGUUGCGGAGCCAGUUGGAGGAUGAGCGACACCGCAGUGAACGCCAGAGGCAGCAGCUGGAGUCCUGGCGCAAGGCUGAGACCGGCCACGACGCGGAGUUGGCCGGCCUGAAACAGCAGCUGGCGGUGGCGCAGGGCGACUGCAGGGCUGUGACCAGCGAGCUGCGCUCGGCAAAGGACGCACUGGCCAGGUCGCAGGCGGCGCAGCAGGCGGAGGCGCAGCGGGCGGCGGGGUUGGCGGCCAAGGUGACCGGUCACGAGGACACUAUCCGGGCCAUGCAGGACGACGUCAGGCGCCUAAACCAGCUGACUAACGAGCUGCGCUCCGCGGUGCGGGCGGGCGAGGUUGCCAUGGUGGCGGCGCACGGCACGCAGGGCGUGUUGGAGGCGCAGCUGCGCGGGGCGGCGCGCGCCGCAGACCUGCAGCGGCAGGCAGCUGCCGAGCUGGAGGGGCGCAUUGCCGGGCUGGAGGCACAGCUGGCGGAGGGCAAGGCGGCGGCCGAGGCCAAGGAGGCGGAGGUGGUGCGGCUGCGCUCGCUGCUGGCGCACACGGAGGAGCAGCUGCAGGCCAGCCUGGGCGGCAGGCUGGCGGCGGACGAGGUCAGCAACGGACUGCAGAUGCAGCUGGCACAGACGCGGGGGCAGGUGGCGGAGGCGCGCAGGGUGGCUGUGGCGGCUGAGGCCGAGAUGGCCCGUGUGGUGGAUGAGGCGACGGAGGCGGUGCGGCUGGCCGAGGGCCGCGCGGCCGCCUCCGCACACGCCAUGUCUGCCAUGCAGUACCGCGCCACUGAGGCUGGCAACCUGCUGGGCACGCGUGUGGACGGCUGUGUGGAGCGGCUGAUGGGGCGGCUGGCCGAGCGGCUGGGGCGCGGCAUGGCGGCGGAGGCGGAGCGCAUGGACAAAGCCAUAACGGUGACCCAGCAGAAGCUGCAGGGCUGGGAGGCAGACCUGGUAGACAUGGAGUCAGAGCUGCUGGGGGUGGGCAAUGCGCUGGACGCACUCAGUGCGGCGGCGGUGCGGCGGCAGGCAGAGCGGGAGCGCGAGGUCGACUCGGUCAAGGGUGACGCGGCUGCGCUGCGUGCGCGGGCAGAGGAGCUGGAGGCGGCGCUGGCCAGUGAGGCGGCGGCGCGGCAGUUGCUGGCCAGCAGCAAGGCGGCCCUGGAGGAGCAGCACAGGGAGAGCAUCAAGGCUCUUGAGGCGGCCGCGGAUGACCGGGUGGAGGCCGAGCGGCAGCGGCUGGGCGCGCGGCUGACAGCUGUGGAGGCCGAGGUGUCGCGACUGACGCAGACGCACCAUCGCGAGGCCGUCGCUGCGGGCAAGGUGUGGGAGCAGGAGCGGCAGAAGCUUACGCGGCGCAUACACGAUCUGCAGGAGGAGGUCCAGAAGCACAAGGACGGGCCCCCGCCGCCGCCCCAGGUGCCGGGUGUGGACGCCAACGCAUUAGCAGUGCUGCACACACAGCUCAAUGCAGACCUGCAGGCCGCCAAGGACGACUACGAGCUGCGGCUGAGGUCGUACAAGGAACAGAUCGAAAAGGCCAGCUCCAACAUCCGCUUCACCUGGUCCACCUGCACCAAGCUGGCCACCGACCUGGCGCUGGUGGCGCGGCACCUGGCCGGCAUGGGCGUGGCGCUGCCGGAGGGCGCCGGAGAGCUGCCGCCCGGGCUCAAGGGCGUGGCAGACGAGGGGAGCGGUGACUUGGUGGGCAAGCUGGCGUCGGCACUGCGGCUGAGUUUCGGGCUGUUGGCCGAGGGAGUGCAGAACAUGGUGCGCAAGCUGCAGAUGCUGCAGCAGGCCAACCUGGAGCUGGAGGCCAAGGCCUCCGCCAUCGACCCCGCUGCCUGGUCCGCGGUGGCUGUGGAGCUGCGCGGCACAGUGGCCAAGCUGGUGCACAUCGAGGACAGCCUGGCGCCGCCCUGCACCUGCCUCAUGUGCCUGGAUAUUUUCAAGGCUCCGGUGACGCUCAUACCCUGCGGCCACACCUUCUGCCGCAAGUGCCUCGCCAACGCCAACGGCCUGUGCACCGAGUGUGGUGCAGACACGCCCGCCGUCAUGACCAUCUCAAACGCGCCACUGGACGCCAUCUGCGCAAAGUACGAGCUAAAGCGCUCGGCACUGACAGCGAUACAGCGGGCGCUGACGUCUGUCACAGGUGGCGGCGGGGCUGUGGCGGCGGGGGCGGGCAAGCAGCACGGCGGCGGCGCACUGGCGACGGGGAGCCUGCUGGUGGCGGCGCAGGCGAACUUUGGCGGGUUCAAUCUGGGUGCGGGCGUAAAGGGGCCCGCCGGCGCCGGGGUGGCAGCGGCGAGGGCGAUCGGGGCAGGUGCGGGGUCUACCAGUGUGGGCGCAUCUCGCACGGGCGCGAGCCACUGAAGUGGCAGGCUGGGAGUUGUGAUGCUGGGGCCGCCCUUGAUGGAUAAGACGGUUACAACCAGAUUGUAAAGGUGAUAGGGUUGAUUACUUUGAUUGGAUGCGAUGGGACAGGAUAAGGGGCAGGGUGGCGUAGUCCCGUAGUGUGCAGCGUAUUCCCAGACCCAACAUUCAAUUUGCAACGUCAAGGCAUGAUUGCGCGGAUGGUAUAAUGCCGGAGUUGUAUCGAGGCAUCGCUGACACAGCAACACAUUGACUUGUCACCUGCAACGCGAGCGAGCAGAACGCCAGGGACAACCGCACCAGCCACCGGAACCCAAGGGCACC